CCUGUCAUUGCUGGAUAUCCCUACCACCACAGUGGCAGAAACACUGGUGAGCCAUCCAGAAUUCUUAGGCGCUGUGCUCGCAGGCUUGCGGAAGUUUGUAGGUGCUCAGGUGGCUGCAGCAGUUCCGGGUGACUCGACUGUGCGCAAUAUAUACGGUGGGCCCAGUACGUCCACAAGCGGCUACAACGCGGACGUGUGUGAGCUGCUUACCUUCGCGCGAAACUUGGAGGUAGAAAAAUGCGCGGCCGUGGACAACAUAGCCGUGGUAGUGGCUGGGAAGCAGUCCUUUGGCAGCAGAGUCGACUUCAAUCUGGGUGUCCUCGGUGGCGACCCAACGCUCGUGGCGCUGGUCGAACAGGUUCUACAAUCCCUAUCGACCUCUCCUAGCGCCGUAGCCCAGCUG